UCAGAGCUGUCAGUGGAGCAGCCCAGUGGUAACGACAGGCAGGGAAAGCCCUCAGACAGUAAAUACAGUGUCUCCGGUGAAGACUGCCGCUCUGCACUCCGCUGGCUCAACACCGAGGGCUGCGCGUCUAAACGGACUGAAAGAAAGAAAGAAAAUUAACAAUAACACUUCGAGACAGCAAAGGCGAAGCUGUAGCAUUGAUUUGUUUUUAAGAGGGGGGACAUGGCUGAUGGAAGUUCAAACGAGUCGUCCACCGGGGACGUAGCGAACAGGUUUGCUCGCAAAGGUGCUUUGAGGCAAAAAAACGUCCACGAAGUCAAGAACCACAAGUUCAUAGCCAGGUUCUUCAAGCAGCCGACUUUCUGCAGCCACUGCACCGACUUCAUCUGGGGGUUUGGAAAACAAGGAUUCCAGUGCCAAGUUUGCUGUUUCGUGGUCCACAAGAGGUGCCAUGAAUUUGUCACGUUCUGCUGCCCAGGAGCAGAUAAGGGGCCGGACACAGACGAUCCCAGAACAAAACACAAGUUUAAGAUCCACACCUAUGGGAGCCCCACCUUCUGUGACCACUGUGGCUCUCUGCUCUAUGGCCUCAUCCACCAGGGCAUGAAGUGUGACUCCUGCGACAUGAACGUCCAUAAGCAGUGUGUUAUGAACGUGCCCAGCCUGUGUGGAACUGAUCACACCGAAAGGAGGGGGCGUGUUUACCUCAAGUGUAAGGUCACCGGGGAAAAGCUGCAGGUCACAGUGAGUGAAGGCAAAAACCUGAUCCCCAUGGACCCCAAUGGCCUGUCUGACCCAUAUGUCAAGCUCAAGCUCAUACCAGACCCCAAAAAUGAGACCAAGCAGAAGACCAAAACCAUCCGCUCCAGCCUCAACCCGACAUGGAACGAGACCUUUACUUUCAAGCUGAAACCUUCAGAUAAGGACCGCAGGCUGUCGGUGGAGGUAUGGGACUGGGACCGGACCACCAGGAAUGACUUCAUGGGAGCCCUUUCUUUCGGCGUGUCAGAGCUCAUGAAGUCUCCAGUCUGUGGCUGGUAUAAGUUACUGUGCCAGGAAGAGGGGGAAUACUACAAUGUUCCCAUCUCAGAGGAGGAUGAUGGUAAUGAGGAACUGAGGCAGAAAUUUGAGAAAGCCAAGCUAGGCCCAACUAAGAAGGUGAUCGACGAGACGGAUGACAACCGUUCCAGCCAGCUGCCAUCCAGCAGUCUGGACCAAGUCAAACUCUGCGACUUCACUUUCUUGGCUGUUCUUGGGAAAGGCAGCUUCGGCAAGGUCAUGUUGGCAGAGAUGAAGGCCACUGAAGAGCUGUAUGCAAUCAAGAUCCUGAAGAAGGACGUGGUGAUCCAGGAUGAUGACGUGGAAUGUACCAUGGUGGAGAAGAGAGUCCUGGCCCAACAGGACAAGCCGCCCUUCCUCACACACCUCCACUCGUGCUUCCAGACCGUGGAUCGUCUUUACUUUGUCAUGGAGUAUGUGAAUGGGGGAGACCUCAUGUACCAUAUCCAGCAAGUGGGCAAGUUCAAGGAACCUCAGGCAGUGUUCUAUGCAGCAGAGAUCGCUGUUGGUCUCUUCUUCCUGCACUCUAAAGGAAUUAUCUACAGGGAUCUAAAGUUGGACAAUGUGAUGCUGGACUCUGAGGGACACAUUAAGAUUGCUGACUUUGGCAUGUGUAAAGAGAACAUGAUAGAAGGAGUGAGCACACGCACCUUCUGCGGCACUCCAGACUACAUAGCCCCAGAGAUCAUUGCAUAUCAGCCAUAUGGACGCUCUGUAGACUGGUGGGCAUAUGGAGUGCUGCUCUAUGAAAUGCUUGCAGGACAGCCUCCAUUCGAUGGAGAGGAUGAAGAUGAGUUGUUCCAGUCCAUAAUGGAGCACAACGUGUCAUACCCCAAGUCCCUGUCCAAAGAAGCUGUCUCCAUCUGCAAAGGGCUGAUGACCAAGCACCCAUCCAAGCGUCUGGGCUGUGGCCUUGAGGGAGAGAGGGACAUCAGAGAACAUGCCUUCUUCAGACGUAUCGACUGGGAACGCCUCCAGAACAGGGAGAUACAGCCACCUUUCAAGCCCAAAGUGUGUGGCAAAGGAGCAGAGAACUUUGACAAGUUCUUCACUCGCACUCAGCCCCAGCUCACACCACCAGACGAGCUGGUCAUCGCCAACAUCGACCAGGCUGAGUUCGCAGGGUUCUCUUUCAUCAACCCACAGUUUGUGCACCCAUCGCUCAGCAACAGCGUAUGAGAAGGAUAGGGAACCCUCCCUGAAGAACCUCCCUGCUCACUGCCACCCACUUAUACCAACCGCCAAUCUAACAUCUGACCACAACUUGAUCAAGGCCCACUUUUAUGUCUUGAUUUUAUUCAUAAGCAGGAAUUUAAGACAUCCAUAUUUGUUCUGUACAAUAUCUGUGCCAGUCUAGAUUAUAUAGAUUAGCUUGUUUCUGGCCACCACUAGAAAUAAUUUCUUUUAGUUUAAUGAUGAGCAUGCAGUGUAGACAAGGAUGUCUCUCUUUAACCCUGCAAUUUAUCUUGAAGGUUUACUGUAACUGGAGGCACUGAGACAGAAGGGUGUCAGGCUUUAUUUAUCUAUGCCAGUACAUGAUUAAUUUAAGAAAAUGAAGUAAUCUCUGCCUGUGUAACCGAAAGAAUAACAAAGGAGCAUUAGCAGUUAGCACUUAAGGCAUUGAUUAUUCUGGAAGGAAUGCCUGUGCUAAAAUUCAUAGUACAUAUACAUGAACAUUAUAGUCUACAGAUCUAGUUAGUGGGUAAUGAGGGUAAUCAUCACAGUCUAGAAUAUAUUACUGUAUGUGAUGACAGGAAAAGACACCCAUUACAAAGCAGAGUAGACGCUACAGCCAAAUAUGAAGGACAGGUGGUGCAGGUGUUGAAACAGCACCUUGUGAUUCAAUGUUUCCUGUAUCAUGUUUACAGUUUUCUUCCCCUUUGAUUUCAUGGUGAUGGUGUAAAAUUCUAUUUUAGCAUAAACUGAUUCUAGCCAGUCUCAAUUUAAGGUGUGUGUAGCAAAACAACUGAAGAAUGAACAGUUGUGUAUUUCAAUUAUUUGUACCCUGUUAAAAAAAAAAAAAAAAAAGCAAAAUAUCUGA